AUGCAUUCAGGUCUGGAUACGUUUUGUGACUUCAAUGGCAAGAAGUACAGCCCAGGAGAGAGCUGGCACCCCUACCUGGAGCCCCAGGGGCUGAUGUACUGCAUCCGCUGCAGCUGCUCCGAGAAUGGCAACACCAGGUGCUACAGGAUCCAGUGCCCGGCCCUGCAGUGUCCCAGCCCUGUCACAGACCCCCAGCAGUGCUGCCCACGCUGUCUGGAGCCACAUUCCCCUUCUGGCCUCAGGGCACCUGUCAAGUCCUGCCAGUACAAUGGGACCACCUACCAGCAAGGGGAGAUGUUCACCACCAGUGAGCUCUUCCCCAGCCGCCAGCCCAACCAGUGUGUCCAGUGCAGCUGCUCCGAAGGCCAGAUCUACUGUGGCUUGGUGACCUGUCCAGAGCUGCUGUGCUCCUCUCCUCUGACUGUGCCAGACUCCUGCUGCCAGGUCUGCAAAGAUGGCUCCUUGGAGAAGCCCAUGGAGGAGGAGCCCCUGCAGCUAAACAGAGGUGUUAGGCACUCACAAGACCAGUGCUUGGGGGAAGCCAUGGGCAGGAAGCCACCUGGAGCCACCACGUCCACCGUUCUCAGCUCUUCCCUGGAGUUCAUCCCCAGGAGCUUCAAACCCAAGGGAGGAGGUGGCACCACCGUGAAGAUUGUCUUGAAGGAGAAGCACAAGAAAGCUUGUGUUUACAACGGGAAGACCUAUUCCCACGGGGAGGUCUGGCAUCCCGCCUUCCGGCUCUACGGCCUCCUGCCCUGCAUCCUCUGCACCUGCAGGGAUGGUGUCCAGGACUGCCAGAAGAUCACCUGCCCCAAGGAAUACCCGUGUGACUACCCAGAGAAAGUAGAUGGGAAAUGCUGUAAAAUAUGUCCAGAAACCAGGGUCAAACCUACUGAGGAAGGAGCCACCACCCGGUGUGGGAAGAGCCCCAGCCCUGUCCUGGUGUUCAUGCUGGUGCCCCCGAGCACAGGGACCCCCCGGGAGGUCCUGAGGACGAUGGCAGUGGAGAAGGAGGCUGAGGAGGAGGUGGAGAUCUACACCUGGAAGCUGAUCAGAGGGAUAUUUCAUCUGAUGCAGACCAAGAAGAUCAGCAAACAGGAAUUCAAGCAAGAAGCUCAGAACUUCAGGCUCAUCACCAGGACAAACGAAGGUCACUGGAACAUCUUCCGAGCCCAGACAUCAGAGCUGAGGAUGACAGAGAGCCCAGAGAAGGAAACCAAGAACUUGUAA